AUGUUUUCCAUUCGAUUUUCGUCAUUUUUGGCAGUUUCCCUUCUUCAAAUUGUCACCUCAGAUUCGAUUGAACAAGACCAUCAAAGGAUACGCAAAAGUCCUUUGGCUGACUACUCGGAUGCCAUUCAGCCGUUCAUCCGUUUCCGACGAGCCGGCGAUGAACUUGAUGAGGGAAAUCUACAGCAUUUCUUGCGAUUUAGAAAAUCGGCUUCAUCACCCGAUUUCAUCGACCAUUUCAUUCGUUUCCGAAGGAGCGGAGGUGACGAGAAUCUUCAGCCAUUCCUUCGUUUCAGACGUCAAUUCGACGAUUUGCACCCGUUUUUGCGCUUUCGGCGAUCCGUUGAUGUCGAUCAACAAAAAGGCGUUCAACAACAAGAAAUGAACCAACAAAAGCUUCGACCCGAGCGUUCGUGG